AUGAGCGUAUUUCUCCUCACAAAAGAGAUUUGUUCAAGCCUUGAAGGAAUGAUGUCCAAAUUUUGGUGGAAAUCUCAGUCGAACUCUUCUAAAGGUGUGAGUUGGGUGAGUUGGAAACGACUUUGUAGACACAAACAUGAAGGGGGUAUUGGUUUUAGAGAUCUUCAGGAUUAUAAUUUGGCAUUCCUUGGUAAACAAGGAUGGAGACUUUUAACCAAUGAAAGUUCUUUGGUAAGUAGGAUUUAUAAGGCAAGAUAUUAUCCUAAUGGAAGCUUUUUGUCUGCUACUUUGGGUCAUAACCCAAGUUUCAUUUGGAGGAGUCUUUUGGAAGCCAAAGACUUGGUUCGGUCUGGUGCAAGGAGAUCUAUUGGUGGAGGAAACUCAGUUAGUAUAUUGUUUGAUCCAUGGUUGCCUGAUGAUCAAAAUCCAUUUGUUAGUUCUCAUCACCCUGCUUUGGAGGGCCAGCUGAGCAGAUCCCCUUCUGGUUUUUACACUGUGAAAUCUGCUUAUAGAACAUUGCAGCAGAACAAUUGCAACUUCAUCACAGAUCAGCAGAAAGAAGGCUAUAAGCGGCUGUGGCAGUUUGAUAUUCCUCCUAAAGUUCAGCACUUCUUAUGGCGUGCUUUGUCAGAGUGUCUCCCUACUAAGAUUCAGUUAAAUACAAAGCAUGUUAAUGUAGAGACUUCGUGUCCUUUCUGUAGCUUAGCAGAGGAGACCAUCUUUCAUAUUCUACUGGGUUGUGGCUUUAGUAAAGCUUGUUGGAAUUUAUCUUGUGUUAGUACUGCUACUAUACAUGUUAUCCGAGAGGCUGCUAUGGUAAGUUGGAAAAUAUGGGUUGUGCGGAAUGAUGUUGUUUGGAAUAGCAAAUCUUGUUCUGCUUUAGAGGUGGUGCGGUCAGCUAGAAUCACUCUUGACCAAUGGAGUAGUGCUCAAUCACAAAAAAUGGGGGCAUUGUUAGUAGAUGAUAUUAACAAUGUUAGAGAGCAUUGGCGGAAACCAAUGAAAAAUACGGUUAAGGUCAAUGUUGAUGUCGCUAUUUUUCAAUCGGAGAAUAAGUUUGGUUUUGGUUGUGUAGCCCGGGAUUCUAAUGGUGCACUUAUCGAAGCGAUUUCAGGAAGUCGAUCUGGUGUGGUUAAGCCUGAAGUUGCAGAGAUAAUUGCUCUUAAAAGUUCAAUUGCUAUGCCUUUCCAGUUUGGAUUGCUUGUUCGUGAUUUUCAAGAUUUAGUAUUGUCAUUAAAUAACAUUUCUGUAAUUUUUGUUAAACGAUCUGCUAAUAAGGUCGCUCACUGUGUUGCUCGAGGGUCUUGUUUGAAGUCAGAUUGUACUUUCAGUGAGCACGAUGCUCCUUUUGCUUUAAAGACUAUUGUUUAUGCUGAAAGUUUAUGA